AUGAUCAGAAGUCUGUUAUAUCAAAUUGUCAGUCAACCUGAUAUUGCUUAUGUUGUUGGGAUAUGUGCUCGUUUUCAAUCUGAUCCUCGUAUUUCACAUUUAGAAGCUGUUAAAAGGAUCCUCAAGUAUGUCCAUGGAACAAGUGAUUUUGGAAUUCUGUAUUCUUAUGAUACGACCUCUAUCUUGGUUGGAUAUUGCAAUGUCGAUUGGGCAGACUCUUCUGAUGAUAGGAAAAGCACCUCUAGAGGGUGUUUCUCUCUUGGAAAUAAUUUUAUCUCAUGGCUCAGUAAGAAACAAAAUUGUGUUUCCUUGUCUACUACAGAAGCUGAGUAUAUUGCUGUAGGGAGUGCUUGUACCCAGUUAAUUUGGAUGAAAAUUAUGUUGCAUGAGUAUGGAUUCACUCAGGAUAUUAUGACCUUAUACUAUGAUAAUAUGAGUCCUAUUGAUAUAUCAAAAAAUCUGGUUUAG